AUGGCGACGUGAGGCUCGCAGGACAGCUUCCGUGUUGUGAUUUUAAAUCAAUUGGUGUUGCAAUCCUCUCCAGAUUCGUCUGGUUUGGGGAUUAUCCCUGUUGCUGAUAGACACUAACAUCAGUUUGUCAAAAUGGCAUCCGUCAAUGUGCCCCGUGACAUACAAGACAGCAUACGUGAGGCUCUGGGGAAAAGGGUCAAGCUGUUCAUCAAACGUAUGGUGAAGCAAGAAGUCAAACUUGAGAAAUGGGAACAAAGAGUAUUGGUUUUCUCAGGAUGUCGACUGUUUGUAUUCAUUCCAAAGACACCAGCAAGGCUGGAGAACAACUUCAAUUACCUGGACAUACAAGCGAUCGAAAGUAAAAAACAGAACCAGUUAUCAGUGACGGUAGAUAGUAAGACGUACAAUUUUGUGACCCUUGAAGCGGAGACAGAGGAGGUCAAUCACAUGAUCACACACCUGGCUGUAUCUCUACGCCACAUCUUUCCAGACUUCACCAUAGAGAGAUUAAUAAAGAAAAUAGAAGUGUGCCCACCAGAACGAACAAAGAUGAUGACAGAUAUGACUAAAAAUAUUUCCAAGGAGACUGGUCCUUGUGGAGGAUUCACAAUGAUGUAUGCUUGUAUGUGUGACUACCACAGCCUUCCCUUCAGAGCAGAGGUUGAAUGGGACAUUGAUACAAUCUACCUGUCUCAAGACUCGAGGGAACUCCGACUUCGUGACUUUGACCACUUAGAAGCAAGAGAUCUUGUGCCUAUAAUAGGAGCCUUAGAACACAACACCUGGUUUACAAAGCUAGACGCUAAUGAUGUCAAACUGACGUUGGAAGCUCAACAAUCAGAGGUUUUCAAGGUGAUGAGAAGAAAUGCUGUGAUAAAUGAAUUGUGUCUAAGUAACUCAGGGAUUAGCUCAGACUUUGUACAGAAACUUUCAGUGGCUUUACUGUCCAACAGUUCUACAACGCUACAUAGUAUAGAUCUGUCCAAAAAUGCCAUCGAUGACAAAGCCAUCACCCAUUUGAUUGGUUCCCUGGGAAGUUUGUGUAGAGGUCUGAUCAGGUUCGACAUCAGUCAUGCCAAGAUAACCGGGAGGGGCCUGAAUAAGGUAGCGGAGACCCUCACACACAACACGGUCGUAGGAGGCAAACUUCAGAAGCUCAACAUGGCUGACAAUCAGGCGAAAGGGGAGGAUCUUCAGAAACUGUACCACUUUCUGGCCAGUCCCAACACACUCACGCGUUUGGACUUGUCGGGUAUAGACUGUGCCUUGGAAAACCUGUUUGGGCCGUUAUUGCGGGGUUGCUGUGCCACCCUAACACAUCUCAGCCUGGCAAGGAACAGCUUCACCUCCAAGAAAGUUAAGGAAGUAUCGCCUCCACCAUCAUGGAAACAGUUCUUUGCUAGUGUGUACGACCUGCAGCACUUAAAUCUGUCUGGCUGCAAACUUCCAAACGAACCGCUCAGGGAAUUGCUGUUAGGAAUAGGCAGUAAUAUAAACUUGAGUGCUGUACACCUGGACCUCAGCAGUAACGAGCUCAUGUCCCAGGGGGCUUCUGUACUGGAGAGCUGUAUCGGUAACAUAGCCUGUCUCAAAAGUCUAGACCUCAGCAACAACGGUCUGGACCAGAGUCUCAUCAGCUUGCUCAACUGGAUCGGGAACAACAGAGCUCUUAAACACCUGGCCAUUGGCCGUAACUUUGACCACAUCAGACCCAGGAAUCUGCCUGGUGUUCUUGAUGCCAUUGUUCAACUCAUUCAGGAUGAAGACUCUCAUUUGGCGUCUUUAUCGUUAGCGGAUUCCAAGUUGAAGGGUAGCAUAGCUACGAUACUCAAUUCUCUCGGCAGUAACCUUACUUUGGUGGAAAUAGACAUCAGUGGGAACAACAUGGGAGACUUUGGAGCAAGGAUGUUAUCCAAGGCAUUACAAAUAAACACCAAGCUACGGACAAUUAUGUGGGACAAGAAUGCAACCACUGUACAAGGCUUUGAGGAUAUUGCUGGGGCUCUAGAAAAAAACUACACACUGAAAAAGAUGCCAACCCCCAUCAAUGAUGCAGGUCCUGCCCUGAAGCAACAUCCAGAGAGAACAGAGUCGGCACUACAGAAGAUUGAGAUGUUACUACAACGAAACCACAGUCCACAGAAGUAUUCAUCUGACCAAGGCUUCAGGAUGCAACAGGGGUUCCUGGUCAGUUCCACCCAACAGAUGAUGGACAGACUGGUGGUACAGAACCAGGACACAGUGAAUGCCCUAGACCGUGGUAACACAGAAGACUUCCAGUCAGACAUGGACAUGGCCAACAGCCUUAUUAAGGAUGCAGGCAACUCCAAACAGUUGCUGCCACAAUUACAAGUAAUUGCCAACAAGUCGCUGUCAACGGGCAACCCGGUGGAGGCAUGUCUGAAGGAGAUGUCCGACACUUUGAGGCAGGUGCUGGAGAAACACAUGAAGAAAACUGUUGAAGACAUGUUUGAAUGUACAAGUAACCAGUGUGCUUCUGUCAUGGCUAAUAAGGAGUUGCUUUCUGACUUGGAAACCAAUUGUGCAGAGAGAAGCUCACUUCCUAAAGAUUUUACCAAACAUAUCUUGGACAGUGUGGAAACAGAGAUAUUUAACAAGCUAAGCGAGCUGAAUUUAGUGGUAGCUACCCAUGUCUCUGACAAAGUGAUGGAUGAGGUUAUAGACUCCCUGUCAUCAAGUCACAAAACACUGACGAACCACCUAAAUGUGAUGAAGAGCAGCACAUCUAUGAAGAGUCAACGUGAGUCUAAGAAGGAAGAUUUGGAAGGCAAGGAUGUGGAGGAGAAAUUGGACGAGGGCAAGGAGAAGCCAGAUACUGGUAGUCAAGAAAAGAUCUCACUCAAAGUGGACUCCUCCCCAAUGCUCACGUUCUGGUGUGACGGAACUGAAAACACCUGGCCAGUAUCGAACAGACUUGAGGUUGUUACCAAGCUGAUACCGCGGUGGCUCUCACUUUUUACACAAGAUUGCGAUUCCCCAGUGAUUGACAGAAGGAAGAGCAAAUACAGCCGCAUGACCAGGCCCCCCACUGUCAUAGAUGCUGAGCAGGUACAAAAAGCUUUACAAUUGCACAACAGAAAAUUGGAAGCCACUGCUGAACUUUCUCCUCCCAAAGGUGACCCUGUUGACCCUAUACAAACAACCCCAAAGGUCACGCCAGUCACAACCCCCCAGACCACACCCACUAUGGCUGGUCCCUCCCCUGAUUCUACCCCUACUUCACAUGAACCUGUUCCCAAGCCUCGGAUCAAGAGAAGGUCUGUGCUGGUAUCAGUCUCAGAAAAGUCUGAGAGUCAAGGUCAGGGGGUUGCCAAACAACCGAAUGAAAGUCAGGGGGUUACCAAGCAACUGGCCAGUCCCACUAUUACAGUGGGAUCAACAGAGGACCUGACCAACAGUGUGCUCAGCAGGUCCGACACCAUUCCUGAGGAGCCAUCCAGCUCACUGACAUCUUCUGUUACAUCAGAAACCAUUGACUUGGGAAACCUUGGAGAGUCUGGACCAAAGCUGUUCAAUCCCAACAAGGGCCGUGCAAAGAGACAAAAGAACCACCAGUCACGGCGACCAGGUGUCGCACCAAACGUAGCAACCAAUGAACCUCUCCAAGCAGACGAAGGUCUUGACACAUUCUUCAACAGACAGACAGUCAAGGAACACACAGUGAUGGCUCCAGUGGUAGAGGUCACUCGCAGCCAGUCAAGUAAGUCAGUUUCAGCAGUCAAAGUGAAAAAGGAAAAGAGUCAGAAGGAAAAAGAAAAAGAACCAAAAAAAUCAGGAUUUGCAGGUCUGUUUGGCAGAAAAAAGAAAACUUCUACUGAUGAGUCGGCCAAGUCAGACAAGUCACCAGACCGCAGCAAGACAAAGGGAUCCUCACCCGACCGAUCUAGUGCAUCGAGUAAGGUCGGAGGACUGUUCGAGAGGAAUUCCAAAGUGAGGCUCUCUCCUUUCAAGAAUAAAAAGGAUAAAAAGGCAGACAAAUCACCUGACAGGAACGACAAGGCCGUGAAAGAGGAGGAGAGUAAGGUGGAGAAACCAGCAGAGACAGAACAAAAGCCAGCUGAGACAGUGAAGGAAGUGUCCAGGGAACCUACACCUGAGCCACAGGUCGUACGUGAGCCUUCUCCUGAACCUCAGGUUGAACCGAAGGUCGAACCUGAACCUGAGGAACCCAAGCAGCCUAAACAAGCCCUGAAACCCAAGUUUGGAUUGGGAGGAGGCAAACCUAUGGGCUUCGGGGGGGAUAUGUUGCAGCAAAUGCGACAGAAUAAAAGAUUCUCCUCAAAUAAUUUGUUAGAUGGCGAGGACUCUCCGACAGCUACCUCUCCAGUAGGAGGACCUACGGCAAGUUUGCCUUCACCUCAGACCAAUGGUUCCCCUAAGGUUUCUAUGAUUGCAUCCAAACCCAGACCUGCUCCGCGGAAUCGGCGAUCCGAGGCGGAGGAGACAAUAGGGACCGCUGGGUCGGGCGAUAGGAAAUCACUUGACGGAAAGAAGCCUCCCCCGCCUCUACUAAAGCCACGCCCACCUAAACCACCGAACAAACCAGGGAGCUCACCUCGCUCAAGUUCAAAUCAAAGCUCUGUCAGUGAUGAUUCCUUGGAUGGAGAGAACAAAUCUACGGACGGUAAGAAGGUGGAGGAAGGUGUAGUAGUGGACUCCAAGACGCUGCGGAUGUCCAUGGAGGACAAGAUAAAAAAGAUGGGGUUGGACACGGGUGUUCCGACACAGGAGAUAAAGAGAAAGAGCAGCUCCCUACCCCGGGAUCAGUCCCUACCUAAUAUGAGUAAAGAAAAAGAAAAAUCUUUAGAGUGGAAACAUCGGUCGGUUCAUGAUCCCAUGAACGUAUCAACAACCUCAGAAGAGUUAUCUCCCAUUUCUGUGUCCUCUGAGAAAAACUCAGAUUCCUCUGAAAAGCUAUCUGUGAAUGGUGAUAAAGAUAAAGACAAUAAAAAAGACAUUGAGCAGGAAGAUGAUAACGGUAACAAGGGGGAGUCGUCUCCCCCUGAUACAGACGCCAACAAAGAAAGUGCUGAUGAUGUGAUCAUGGUAUGAUGUGACUGUAUUUUUAUGAAGGAUAUUUUAUAACGCCUAUCUACCUUUUUUUUCCCAUUAAGCCAGAACUGUUUUCUGCUUUCACUAAUUAGGACCAAAAUAUGGAAAUACAAAGUGGAUUGAAAUUCAUCAUUUAAUUCUUUUUUAAGUAUCAUGACUUACAUAUUGCUAGAAAUGCAGGAGCUUAAUUAAUAGAUUUUCAUCUUUGAUGGGUGAUAAGCUCAUAACUGUUUAAGUUCAAAGUUUAAAAACACCUGGCGGGUCAGAGGUGUGAACAUUGAUUGAACUUACAUGCAAAUGUGAAGAUUACUGUUAAUGUUUUGCAUUAUACUGCUGGAUUCACGUCUUCCAGGCAUAACACAUGGCCUCCAAAAUGGUAGAUAAAUGUCACACAGCCCUCAAAAUGGUAGAUAAAUGUCACAGCCUUCAAAAUGGUAGAUAAAUGUCACACAGCCCCCAAAAUGGUAGACAAAUAUCACACAGCCCCCAAAAUGGUAGAUAAAUGUCACACAGCCCCCAAAAUGGUAGAUAAAUGUCACACAGCCCCCAAUAUGGUAGAUAAAUGUCUCAUAACCCUCAAAAUGGUAGAUAAAUGUCACACAGCCCCCAAAAUGGUAGAUAAAUGUCACACAGCCCCCAAAAUGGUAGAUAAAUGUCACACAGCCCAAAAAAAACUUUAUACCACAUAGCUCCCCACCCAAAGAAAAAACAAUGUCACAUGACCCCCUAAAACCAAAAAUUGUAGAUAUCAUUUACAUCAGCAUUAUGUGAUGUACAUAGGGCACUGAAUUACUUUCUAUUACAAAUUACUGGUAUAUUUUUGAAAUUGAAAAGAAGCUGGUCGAUACAAUAAUUUUAUUUACUGUGGUAUCUCUUUUUAUUAUUGUGACAAAACUGACAAGAAGCCACCGUAGCCAAGUGUUUAAGUUGUCUAACCAUCCACGAUUACUAGCCCUCCACCACUGGGUCGUGGGCUUGUGUCAUGCAUAUAGCAGUCGUAAGGUCUGACUGCAGGUCAGUGGGUUAUCUCCGGGUACUCCAGCUUUCCUCCACCACCAAAAUCUGACAUAUCCUUAAAUGACCAUAGCUGUUAAUAGGACAUAAAACACAAACAAACAAAACUGGCAUCUGAUGUAAGAAUUACAAUUAGCAUAAUUGUUCUGUUACGGUUACCAUGUGAUAUUUAUCAGUGAUAGUUUAGUUCUAGAAACCAUCUAUAGCUGUUUGAAUGUGUCAGUUUGUAUAUAUAAAUGCUAAGAAUUAUAAAGUAGCUUAUAUUUAAUUAAAUAAAAUUAAGUAAAUAAAGGAAACAAAUAAAACCUUGAUAUUAAUUGAGUGCCUUCCCUAAUAUGUAAAAGUAACGGAUGAAAAUUAGAUUAGACCUCUUGUUAUGAAAAAUUAAGUGUCAAAUUAUUGAAACACUUUGUGUUGAAUUAGAAAAAAAACACAGUUUUAUGUUAAUAUGUAAAGACAGUAACAUAUGGGUAGUGCCAGACGUUUGUGUUUCAAGCAAUUUUAGGAAUUUGCUGCUUGGAGACAUAGUGAAAUGUAAGUUAAGACCAAAUGUAUAAAUAAAUAGCUUUCAAAAUUGCUAAACUUGGAAAAACCUUUCUGCAGUCAGUUACGUUUAUAAACAUUGGAUACGUGACACAGAUAAAUACAUCAGAACCUAAGUACUCUGUAAUCAAACUACAUGUAUGAGCAACAUAUUACACCAAUCCAGCUGUCCACCUGUUAAAAAAAUAAGGGUUUUCACUGAUGUUUCUAGAGAACGACAUGUGAUGUAAAUUAGGUAAUGAAAUAUUUCAAUGAUAAUACACAAGUAUCAUUUGACCCCAUUUUGGAAAGUUGCCUUAUCUCAGCGCUGAAGAAAGUACACACAGAUGUGUUUAUGUAGUAAAACAUGCAUAGGUAAUAAGAUAAUAGAAGUCGCUUUAUGACUGUCUAAUAUCUCUGAUUAAGAUAACUUUUUACCUGUAAUUUUGGUUACCUGUUAAGUCGUUAACUCUCAAGUCAACAGGAUGUUAAAGUCAGAAUAUAUUCUGAUAUAUUCAGACAAAUUGACAACAAACCAAGUUUUUUGGAUUAAAGAAACAAUUUGUAAUGAAACAAUUUUUCUUUACCACAGAAACUGAUGAAGCCAAAGAUUGGGUAUGGGAUGGGAUAGCUGUCUGGGUCACGCUAGGAAUUAUAGCAUUUUAUGUCUUUAUUUCAUUUCACAUGUCUUUGUUGAAAUUUGAAAUAUGAAAUUAAUUAAUAAUCAAAAAUAGUGCUUACUCAUUGAUUGCAUGCUUUAAUGCUUUAUUAGUGACAUCUGAUGUGUUCAUCAUCUGUUGUCUGCAAAAUAUUUUCUGAAUGGAAAAUAAUUAAACUGUAUAGUAGAGACUAAACAGAGAUCAGGCCAUGUUUUACACUGAAACAAUCCUAAAUUUGUAUACUAUUGUACUUAAUUAGGCUAAACUGAAAAACCAAGUUGAUAAUUUUUCAGCAGACAAGGAUAUAUAAGGAAUUGUUAUGUAGAUACAUAUAAUGUUUGGUUUCUACCUUUAGUAGAAUCUACUAUAUACAUACUGUACAUACAUUGAAGCUCCUGUACAUAAGAAACUCAUCACCUAUACAGCCUUUUAUAUACAAUGUAUGUAUAUAUAAAUAUCACUAUAUCCUACUCACCAUGGGCCAAGCAUAACAGCUGUACCGAUAAUUGUUACCAUUACUUGUACCUAUUAGCCAUUCAUAAAAAAAAAUCUUUAAUUCAAAUUAAUUGGGUUUAUUUGUCUCUAUAGGGAACCCUGUGUAAUAGAUUUGUUUUGUUUCUGUGUGUGGAUUGUAGAUUUAGUAAGACUGUUAUUGGCAUAAAACUUGUAGGUAUGGAAAUAUCACCAUACAUCCAUGCAUAAUCCAUUAGAAAAGGAUAAUCUGCUAAACUUAAUUACGAAACUUGUAAUAUUUCUUUUUUUAAACGUGCUCAUAAAUUCAGUUAUGUUGUUAUGUCUGCAUUCAGUGUUCGAGAAUUUACAUUGAAAUGUGUCGUUGAUACAGUAAUAUCACUGUUAACAAUGCCCUACCCUAUAAAUAACCUGUAGUAGGUACUGAACAGUUGGGUGUAGGGUUAACAAUGCCCUACCCUAUAAACAACCUUUAGUAGGUCCUGGACAGUUGGGUAGGGUUAACAAUGCCCUACCAUAUAAACACCCUUUAGUAGGUACUGGACAGUUGGGUAGGGAACUGGGCUUGGUAGAGGGUAUAGUAGGUACUGGACAGUUGGGUGUAGGGUUAGCAAUGCCCUACCCUAUACACAACCUGUAGUAGGUCCUGGACAGUUGGGUAGGGAACUGGGCUUGGUAGAGGGUAUAGUAGGUCCUGGACAGUUGGGUAGGGAACUGGGCUUGGUAGAGGAUAUAGUAGGUACUGGACAGUUGGGUGUAGGGUUAACAAUGCCUUCCCUAUAAAUAACCUGUAGUAGGUCCUGGACAGUGGGUAGGGAACUGGGCUUGGUAGAGGGUAUAGUAGGUACUGGACAGUUGGGUAGGGUUAACAAUGCCUUCCCUAUAAAUAACCUGUACUAGGUCCUGGACAGUUGGGGUAGGGAACUGGGUUCGGUAGAGGGUAUAGUAGGUACUGGACAGUUGGGUAGGGUUAACAAUGCCUUCCCUAUAAAUAACCUGUAGUAGGUACUAGACAGUUGGGUAGGGAACUGGGUUUGGUAGAGGGUAUAGUAGGUACUGGACAGUUGGGUAGGGAACUGGGUUUGGUAGAGAGUAUAUUACGUUUAUGGUGUAGAUGUUUAGGGGAAGAUCUUUGUACGAAAAUACUUGAGUAAUGUAUUUAUCACAUUUUUGAACACAUCCUUAUUUGUAGAGGGACAUUUGGAUGUUACUGUCUGGAGAAAUUCUUUACUAUAUUGUUAUACAUUUAUUUAAAUUUAGUCAAUAUAAAUACAUGUAUUUUGUUAUUUAAUAAUAUGUGUGAUGCAUAUUUUAUAUAUAAUUAUAACCGGCUUUGUGACCCUUUUCAAUAUUUUAAAAGUAGAGGCUAUUAAAAGUCUAGUGUAGGAAGCCUAUUAUAGGUAUCAUCAGAUGAAGAUUGCUGAUGGUUGUUAAACAAUAGUAGCAUUAAGAAAUCUUCAUAAUAAAUUUGUUUUGUAUACACCGUAUAUAGACAUACAAAUAUAGUUGUAGUCACAAAUAAUAAUUUAAUCAACCAAAUGUGGAUUAGUGGCAAGUUUAGUUAGCAUGUUUUUGGGCAAACAAUUCAAAAAUAAAACUUAGGUGAAGAUUUUAAUCAUUAGACAUUUUAGGAAAGAAUAAUAAACUACUUUUGCAUGGAAUUAAGGAUAUCUGUUACUUUAUGUCAUCUGUGGUUUUAUACUAGAGUUAUCUCCCCUACAACAUCUCAAAUAAGCAGUAUCUGAGAGUUUACUUUUUCUUGAGCAUAAUUAUCAAGAUAUUUCUAUUGUGUAUUCUUCAAAUGUGCCAGCAAGUGAUUUAAAUGUACCAAGGACAAACUAUCACUCAAAAAACCCAUUAUUUAUACAGGUUUAGUGUGAAGAUCUUUUUGGAAGGGGGUAGUAUACGUAUAUGACAGUAAGGUAACAUUUACCCUAAUUAAUUAAUCUAUAGUCAUAGACUAGAGCAGUAAUUAAUCUAUAGUCAUAGACUAGAGCAGUAAUUAAUCUAUAGUCAUAGACUAGAGCAAAUCGUUAACAUUCCUUCUGAGACUAUUGUCCAAAUAUUUGUUAACUGGAUUGAUCCAAUGUGAUUUUUGAUGUUUCGAUGAAAUUCAACUUUUCCUUUUCUAUAUAUGAUUACGUUUUGUGAGUUUAGUGCUAAAAUUCCAGUUUUGUUGAUUGGUAUAUCACACAGCUGUUUGUAUACUUCUAAUGAUGUGUGAGAAGAGCUGAGAAUAUUCUUAUUAAUUUUGCUAAUCUAAUCAGAUUUUAAUAAAGGAUGUACAUUUUGAUUAUAACCAUGUCAAUAAGAAAUGUGGAUAAGAAGAAGUGAUACAACAUAUAUUGGAAGGUUGACCGAGACCUUUAUUAGGCUAUGCUGUUUGAACAAACAAAAAUUCUGUGCAAGUCAACAAAUUGGUUCAGGGAAAAAAGAAAAAAAAAGUCCACAUUAUUCGUUUGAGUGGCAUAACCAGAAGAAAUUCCUUAUAAAUUUAAUUUGAAAUACAGACACUUUUUGUAUGCAAAUUUAAUUGUUAUCAAUACAUUUUUAAAUUUUUACUAAAAAUGAAAAAGUGUACAUUAACUCAUUAUGCCUUCAUAAUCAAAAAAUCAAAAACGAGCAUUAAAAAGGAAUGUUAAGGUUAUUACGUGCAAUCUUAAAACAGAGCAAUGCUUGUUGGAAGCGAUAUUGGGUUAUAUGUAAGGACCAAAGAGCUACUGACACAGGUGAUCACUGCUACAGUAGGUCUCUAACUCUAGGUACAAAAAUAUACAUUUUUAACAUUAUGAGAGAGAUAAAAAAUUGAAUGCAAAAGGGUAAUUCUGUUUUUGUCUGUUAUAUCAUCUGAGGACAGUGAACUAAACACUUGGGCGUUUUAGUAAAUUGUAAUUAUUUGAUAGAUGAUUAGGCCUUCUGUCUGAUUAUAGAACGUUAUUGUGUUUACUGUCAUGCUUUGUGACUUCAUGUGCUUGUCAAACACAGUGAACACAUAUGGUCACUUUUCAGGUUUGUCAUACAGAAUGUGACAAUCCCUUAGAACACAGGAUUGAAGUCACUAUUCAGUGUAAUUACUUUAAGGAUUAAAAGUGCCAAAUACACAGUUAGCAAAGAAUUGUGUUCAAAAGCUGCAGUGCAGUUUUAAUUUUUUUCUCUGCAUGUAUUUUUAAAUUACUGCUUUACAUGGUCACUACUUGACUAAUUUGUCAUUGUUCAUGCAAUAUAGAUUAUACACAGCUUGUAAACAGAGUCAUUUUGUUUAAUGCUGUUUAUUUAUGACUGUAUUAUAAAUAUGUAUAUGUAUAUAAAUACUUCUAUGUAUACCGGUAUUUAGUAUUUACUAAACGCUAUAUAAUGAUGUCAUUAAUUUACUUGCUUUUUUUAAGAAUAUUUUGUUUACACUAAUUUGUGUAUGGUUCCCUGUAGAACAUCAUACUUUGAUUUGUGUAUAUAGCUGAAUCUGAUCUGUGCUAAUACUCUUGUGUGAGAGAGAUUUUUAUGUGGGUGUGGUACUGAUAAUAUUGGUCUUGGGAUAGUUUUGGAAUUUAGAAAUAUUAAAGUUGUGUCCCUUUUUGUAUGCAUUCCUACACCAAGGUAAGAUUCCAUAAACAAUCAAGUGUUUUAUGGUUUAAGGAUACAUGCUACCUUACAAUUUGGACUUUUGAUUUCAUAAGAGUUAUCUCUCUUAGUAAUAGUUCGGGUUAAACAUGAUGUAAGCAGUGUUGUAGCAGAGCCUGCAUUCUUGCAGACCUUUCUAAUAUGUCAUCGAUUCAUAUACCAUAUUCAAAUUAUCAUUCAUAAAAUAAUAUUUUUCUGUUACUGGUAUGGUUUUUUACGGAGAUGCAUGUGACAGUAAGGUAGCAUAUAUGGUAAACUGUCCUGAAUGAUGUUGUGGUUAGUGGAACAAGAGCUUUUAACAGAUGUAAACAAAACAAAGUUAGUGGUUAACAAGUAACUUAUGGUGACUAAAAAAAUUGGAGAACUCAAGUUCUUUAUGCAUUGUAGAAUUAGUUCAAAAUUUCAUUUAAAAAUAGUUUGAUGUUAUAUGUGUUCGGUAGACUUCAAACCUCUGUCUCUAAUGUUGUUUUCAUGGUCUGAGGAACAUGAAGUAGUAAAAUAAGUAUUACCUAUAAAUGGCAUCGUAUUGAUGAAGUGCCUUGUUAUCUCCCCUGUUUUACCUCUCCUUUUCUGUGAUUCAUUUGCCUGAAAUGUAACCACAGAUUCUGUUUAUGAAAUAAUUCUGUGAAUUCUGAUUUUGUUAUUGUGGAUUGUUUUAAUUAGCUUGUUUGGCUUUUGAGACCCUUGUGAGAUCUUACAUUUGAUAUUUAAUACUAAGAGCUUUGAAAAAUUACUUUUGUAAGGACCUCAACUAUUGAAAACGCCCAGCUUCAGUUGAAACAGAUAAAUGAUAUUGUUAUGACAAUAUUUGAUUAAGUUGUCACUGACAACAAAAUUGAACCAAUUUGUCACAGGUAAAAUAAUGGAUAUCUGCUACUUAAGAAUUCUAGAGUGUCACAUACUGGGAGCAUUAAGUAAGUACAAAAUGUAACGAUAAGCACAUUGGAGAAUUUAUUUAGCUGGUUGAAUUGCUUCAUUGUAUGGAGUGGAAAUCAAAAGAGAUAAUUUUGAUAGAUUAAAAGUCUUUUAAAGAUUUACUUUUUUAGAAAUACAACAUUGCAAUGGAAUUGGAUUACUGCUGUUUGUAAGAAAACACCAUUGUAACAAUAUUUUCUGAUAUCCAGUUAUUUGACAAUUUCAAACACAAACAUUUUGUCUUCCAAAACAUUUUGUGCCAUUUUGUGCUUGGCUAAUUCCAUAUUUAUCAUCAGAGUUUUGAUUUUAUUAAAAUAGUUUGUUAGUUUUUGGGUGACAGGUUACUGUGAACAGUUAAACCAGAACAGUCACCAUUGACUUUCAGACACACAUAGUCUUUAUCAUGAUGGGAACAGCAGAUUUUCUAUAUCACUUAUUGAUCAUUUCCAUCACUAUGAUAUCUGUUAAACAAUAAGUUGAUAAUUUCCUAUGCUACAACCUCUGGUAAACAGGAAGUUGAUUAUUUCUAACGCUGUGACAUCUGGCAGACAGAAAGUUUAUCAUUUCUUAUAUCAAGACCUCUGAUAUACAGGAACAUGAUCAUUUUCAACACCACUAACCCAGAUUAACUUUGAAAUUACUAUUUCUUACACUGGAACUUUUAAUAAACAGGAAGUUGAUCAUUUCAAUUCUUUCAUCAUAAUCUUUUGUAAACUGGAAGCUGUUCAUUUUCUGCACUGUGAUCAAUAGUACACAGAAAGUUGAUCAUUUCCUUCACUGGAACCUUUGAUAAACAGGAAGUUGAUCAUCUCUUUUACUUGAACCUCUGGUAGACAGGAAGUUGAUCAUCUCCAUCACUGGAACCUUUGAUAAACAGGAAGUUGAUCAUUUCCUUUACUGGAACCUCUGGUAGACAGGAAGUUGAUCAUCUCCUUCACUGGAACCUCUGGUAGACAUGAAGUUCAUCAUCUCCUUCACUGGAACCUCUGGUAGACAUGAAGUUGAUCAUUUCAUUCACUGGAACCUCUGGUAGACAUGAAGUUCAUCAUCUCUUUUACUGGAACCUUUGGUAAACAGGAAGUUCAUCAUCUUCUUCACUGGAACCUCUGGUAGACAUGAAGUUAAUCAUCUUCUUCACUGGAACCUUUGGUAAACAGGAAGUUCAUCAUCUUCUUCACUGGAACCUCUGGUAGACAUGAAGUUAAUCAUCUUCUCCACUGGAACCUCUGGUAAACAGGAAGUUCAUCAUCCCUCUCAGUACAAAAAGGACUGUCAGGAGGAAUGUCUCAGCAAAGGAGAUCAGUUUUUUAAGUUAAGCUCAUUGUCAUUGAUAAUUCUGAACUUUUAAUGUUACAUUUGAGGUUAAAAUACAUUGAUUUGAUAUCCAACAGUUGUGUCUGUAUUUCUAUGUUUUAUAACUAUGUCUUCCUAGAUGGUACACUCCAUUCCUGAUACAGCAUCACUCAGUCUAUCUAUGCAAUACCGACAUUUAGCACCCUUUGUAUCUAACUUUAACAUUAAAAUGGCUUUAACAUGUUAUUCAAUGAUGACUUGAUUGAUUUAGUUAAAUCGAAUAGUCUCUUAAUGUUCAGAAUACUUUUAAUUGGUGAUAAUCUCUUAUAAUUCAAUUUAAUAAGCUCACAAUAUUGUAUUUUCAACAUAUGCCAUGAUGAGUAAGGUAUCUUUUUGACCAUUUAUGUAAUCUAUCGGGUUACGAGAUUAUUUGUUGACUUGUUGACCUUGAAGGUUGUACAAAAGGUCACACAAUGUUGGGUUUUAGCACAGAUCACAAAUAUGUCAUACAAACUCAUAUGAGAUACAUACAUCAGAUUUCAUUGUGAAUUGUAAUAUAGAAAAGUGGGACGCCUUCAUUGAGCAUAUUAGGUUAUCAUGAAAACAUGAGGUAUCUCCAUUGUGAAAUCGAACAUUAUAUCAGAAAUGUAAGACUCCUUCAUUGUGACAUCUUACCUUCCUUACUACUGAGGUAUGUUGAAGAGGACAGGAAAGAAUUACAACUUUUCUUAUGUAUUCAUUUAUAUGAUGAAUUAUUUGCAAUAAAAUUUCAUUCAUAAUGA